CCACCGUAUGAUGUCGUGGCGCUUGUUGUGUCCCAGGUUGUUACUGUUAGCUGUCGGUAAUUUAAACAACUUAAAUUGAGGUUAAAACACCAUCGUUACAAAACAAGAGGAUUAGUCUGCUUAUACUGAAUAAGGUUAAGAUGAGGCGCGCCGGUUUAGGUGAAGGGGGCUCUGGACAGUAUGUCGCCAGUGGAUACAGUGUCUACGAAGAGGAAAAUGAACAUUUACAAGAGGGUCUCAGAGCCAAAGUGACUGCUUUGAAAAGUCUGUCAAUUGACAUCGGAACGGAAGUGAAAUAUCAGAACAAAGUGCUCGAGGACAUGGACUCAGACUUUGACUCGACAGGGGGGUUUCUAGGUGCCACCAUCGGCAGAGUCAAGCAGCUAUCCAGAGGCAGUCAGACCAAGCUGCUGUGCUAUAUGCUGCUCUUCUGCCUCUUCGUCUUCUUUUUCCUUUACUGGUACAUCAAGCUGAGGUGACAGAGAAACUCAAUGGUCUUUCCAUUAGACUCCACAAGCCUCCCCUCCCGAUGUAGUGCCAUUUCAACGCAUGUCUGGAUUGGGUUCACAUGAUGAUGAUGAUAAUUAUGUAGAUGGACCAUGAGUUUGUUUUAUGGAGCAGAACUACUACUUCUUAUUCUUUUGGCUGCUGCUGUUUGGGGUCGCCACAGCGGAUCAUCCGUUUCCAUUUCUUUCUCUCCUCUGCAUCUUCCUCUGUCACGCCAACCACCUGCAUGUCCUCCCUCGCCACAGCCAUAAACCUCCUCUUUAGCCUUCCUCUUUUACGGAGUAGAACAAGCAUCCAUAUCGCUCUAAUCUUUGAUUAUCUUACAAGCCGCAUAAUGCACAUAAGUAUUAACUGUGUCAUGGAACAGUACACAUUUGCAUUCAGCCUGAUUUGUGACCAGAUAAUGAUGGGAACUUUUUCCUCUACUUAAAAUGAUCUAACUUACCUUUUUGAUUAAUGUUAUGGAAUGCUUUCUGAAAUAGUUCAAAUUGACUGUAAACAUUCAUUUGGUUUUCAUGUAACCUAUAGAAAUGUGAAAUAGAAACUAUUCACUGCAGCAUACAUCUCCCUUCAUCUCAAAUUUGCUGCAAAAAUGUUUUAUAUUGUAAAUAAACAGGCAUAUACUUUAA